AUGGAUGAGGUGGGAUUUGCGCUACGGUGUGUAGCUUAUGUUGCGUGCCAAGGAAUGGGGAAGGGGGUCUUGAGGAUUUUUUGGGGAUUUUUGGUGGAAGGGCUUGAGGGUUUUGGUGGUAUGGGUUUUAUGGCUUUUUAUCUCACUCGGUUUUUGUAUGUAUACGCACCUACUUGUGGGCAGGAAGGGGAAAAGAAAGAAAGGAAAAAUGUGACAGGUGAUCCAAAUAAGGAGGUUAGGAAAAAGUAUCGUAGACGGUGA